UGUGUGUGUGUGUGUGUUGUGUGUGUGAGAGCCCGUGUUUGUGUAUGCGAGAGAGAGAAAGAGUGUGAGCGAGAGAGAGAUUUAUGAGGUCCGUUGACUGAGAAUGAAUCUCACCCCCUGCAAGGCAAGGCUCUCCUUGGUAUUCACACACUCUAAAGAAUGCAUUAACUCUGUUAAUGUGUGCGUGUGGGUGUGUGUGCGCUGUGGUGCAUUCAUAUAGUGUGCGCCACGGUGUGUGUCUCUUAAGGUAUCAGCUGAUUAAUGAUAAUAAAAGACAGAGAGUCUAUUGUGGUUCGAUCGCUGUCUGUCAGCGAAUGUGUACACAUGCACAUAAGUGGGUGUGUGCGUCUGUGCGUGUGCCAACCAAACUUUGACCGCCUGCACGAACAACACUGUUAUCCAACGUAUCCCAUGAUAUCAGCGGCCGCAUGAUGUCAAUUAACGUUGAUGACCGCGAUAUGAACCACCGAUGAGAUUGAAGGGCCGAUUCUGAGGCACGGCCAUGACAGACAGCGACCGUACAUGGAGCAAAACUCCACGGCCGUCGCCGCCAACAAAAACCUUACAAAAACACUGACGGUUAUUUUCUGUCCGCUGGUACGUUUCUUGGGCAUUCGUAGCCUGGGAACCGGACGAAUCUGCGAGCUCGUGUUGUAUUUGCUCUGGCGUAUGCUUCCAGCCUGGUCCCUAACCCUAACCCAAUCACGACCGGGGGGGGGGGUAGUGAAACGAUGACUGUAUUGUUCAGAGGAGCACCCAAUGGGAGCACUGUUUUCGUAAAACAAAAAAACAAGAUGGCUGCUGCUGCUGUGUCACACGUUCGGUCGCUCUGAUUGGUUGGAGGUCUGGACCCGUUGUAAAGCCAGCUUGGAAUCAAAACUAACUGAGACAGAUACACAUUUGAGAGUUUGGUCUGGCGAUCUCAGGCAACUCGAAUCGUAUUUUUCUCAUUCUUAUACUCCUGGCCUUUUCUAACAAAUGACAGCUCUUGAAUCGUACCCACCAGCUCGCUCCGUUCUCUCUCCCCGUAGCGUGUGGCUUGCCAUCCAAUGGGCUCGCUGCCCUUCCCCUCGGCCGGCGACGCCCCCUGCGACCCCGCCAAUGGCAACUGCGUCUUGCAAGCCGGGGGUGGGCGGGGCCCAGUGUGACAGGUGCAUGGUGGGAUACUGGGGCUUCCACGCGUACGGCUGCCGGCCGUGCGACUGCGCCGGGGGCUGUGACCCCUUCACCGGAGACUGCGUGCUGAGCCCUGACCUGUACAACCUGGAGGGGAACUCCAGCGAGCACGGGCGCAUCUUCAGGCCUGAGGAGCUGUUCUCCGCCCUGCACUACUCUGAGAAGUGUGAGUGCAAAGAGCAGACGCUGACCAAUCACAAGCUCUUCUGCGCCAUGAACUACGCAUACGGUGAGAACAGCUUCAACACAAACACCGCUGAACACGGACAUCAGUUAGCCAUAUUAACACCAUGAGGCUAUAUGGAAAGAAUUGAACAUUAUGAACAAUUAUAUUGGAUAUUCAAAAACCAAAGCUCGCUGGCCAAACCGGGAAUUUAUAGAUCCUCCUUAUUGUAUGGGCAUAUCUAUAUACAUUUCAUAUCACGUUGUUGACCUUUGAUAUUGUUCUCUGUGUUUGACUUUUCUAUCUCUCUCACACACCACACG